UUGGCGGGAGUAUUUGUCAAAUAGGAAAGUCGAAUUUCGUUUGGUUUAUGCAUGACCAUGAACAGAAUUAUGUCAGAUCGGUUAUUCAGAAUGAAAGCAAUGAAAUGAGCAUUUGUUUUUUUUAUAAAGUAUCUGGAAAACUGAACUACAACAUGUCUCAGGCUUCAUUCCUCGACUCCGUUGUAACUUGGGAUGAUCGACAAUGUCAACAGAAUCUUCAAGAGGCCCUACCAAAGCUAGCUGAACAUUUGCAACAAGCAUCCAUUAUCCAAGAGGAGUUAGGAAUUUUGAGGAUUAUUUGCCUGUCGUUUCUACCAUGGGUGGACAUUGAUGAGGCAGAGAGUCAGGUGUUUGCAUUGGUGUCAGAAAAGACCUGCGACAUUCUGGAGCGCUUGUCUCUCGAUAUUGGAAUGCUACCAAAGCAGUUGUCCUGUCAACAAGAAAUACACGCUUUGAUUGAGUUAUGGUCAGAGCUUCUGGAGUGUUUCACCUCCUGCCUCAAGUUUGUGAUUGACAAAGAGAGAGUGGACGUAUCACAGAUCCAUUCCUUGCCCCAUGGAGCUGUACAGCUGCUGAAGGGGACUUACUCACAUUGCAAGGACAGUAGCAACAUCUAUGGAGACUUCCUGGCCAAUGUGACUGAGCCCUUGUCUACCCUGUUCAAAAAAGCUCAUGCCUUACAACAGAGUUUAUUGGGAGCAGUGGAGUGUCUUGUGGUGACUGGGUCCACCUCACAACAGGAUGUACAGGAUCUCACCAACUUAUGUUUCGGGCUGUUCGAGGUGUGUCAGGUAGUAUCAAGCCUAGAUGUGAAACUAGUGGUGGGAUUGUGGAAGGCUAUAUCGAGGCUGUCGGGAAAGACAAAACAUUUAGUGCAGGACCACCUUGAUGUCGACGCCAUGUUGAUCUACCUCGCCUCGGAAAUAAAACACGGAUUUGACUACCUCAUGCAGAUUGCACCACCAAAAGUUGAAAACUCAGAAUUGAGUCUAAGCCAGGGUGACAGUGCAGCCUUUCAGAAGUCCCUGAAGAUCCACAGCUAUCAGCUGCGGGUGUUGAUCUCCCUGCUGGAUAGCUUCGUAGAUACUGUGUCCUCGUGUAUAGCACCAAUAUACAACGUCAUGGUGAACAUACUCAUGCGCCUGCCUCCAACCUUGCUAGACCUCAGCAUAUCCAGCAGCGGUGUGAGUGAUCUGCAACAGCAGCUGGUGAACGGGUUCGAGCCCUUGAUGUGUCUCCUUGUCCGUAACCGCACCUUCGGACAGUACAUGCUGCGCAAGACUGAAGACUGCAGACCUGAAGAAAAUCUUGCUGUUUUACAAAUCCAUGUUAAAAUCCUGGACUGUUUGCCAAAACAAGAGGAAGACAUUUAUGACAGCUGGAUGAAGGUACAAGAUAGCGUGAGUUCGACAGAGUACAGUAUUCUACAGAGGGUCUGUAGACAUCUUGAAGAAUGUCACAUUGAGCUCUGCUCUAGUUUGACAGUUCCAGGCUCAAGGUUGAUGUCAGUGUAUGAGUUUGCGGUGACUCAUGUCUGUGGCUUUGUUGGAAGUCUGCCUGCAAAAUACUUCGACACACUGGAAGAGUGUUUACUGGAGAAUCUCCUGUCUGCAUAUCCAGUGGUUUCAAGAGUAGCAGAGGACAUCUGGUGCUUCAUGAGCAGGUUUGGAUCUGCAGACCUCUGCUACCAUCACACAGUGCUCUUGUUAGACCUCACAUCCAGUCCACAGGAUACCUUGAUACCAGCCGUGGUCAGAUUGGUUCAGAGACUUGUCAAGUUUCUUGCACCUAACCACAAGACAAAGCUCUUGCAACGCUACCCUGUAGAUAAAUACCGGACGUUGUGGGGUGAAGUGUUGCUGCCUGUAUUGGGAGGAGAGUUGAGUGCACAUCAGUAUCAGGGGAUGGUUCUAGCCUGUGCUCAGCCUGUACAGAUGUUUGUGGCUGCUACCUCUAACACCUAUGCAGAUCUUAUACAGCUGCUUUCAGAUCUUAAAUGCUUGACAAAGCUUGUCAGUGUCAACCACAAGAACGAUGUCCCUUCUAUUGCCAUGGAAACAGUCAGUAACCUUUGGUUGUCAUGGGCAGCAGACUGGUCAGGGGAGACAAUCUUUACCCAGUGUUUAGUGGAGAUGACAGAGUUAGCUGGACUGAUGAUUGGGCAUAUAAAGAACUUGGUUGUUUUACAGAUUUUAGAGUCUUUACACGCUGCAAGGGGUCAGGGUGGGGUGUGUAUAGAGGUGGCGGCCUGCAGAUUUCUCCAGCGCUGUAAGAAGAAAGCCUUCACUCCAGAUGUACAGGUGUUCCGUAGACUCUCCAGUCUGUUCCACUCACUGCUGACCAGCCAGGACCCCCUGGUACAGUUCACGGCUCUGGUGGCCUUCACCCAGUUUGCAGAGAGCACACCACACGAAGACCUUGUGCCUGAAUGUCUGGCUGACAACCAGCAACUCCAGGAUCUAGUCGUGGCUUUCCUUAACAAGAAUCUUCCAUUGCCUGAGGACUACAAGGAAACUGUAUUCUUGAGUGAUCAGCUGGUAAGAUUGAGAAAGCCUUUGGCUGACCAGACAUCCACUGGACAAGGGACUGCACCACAGGGAAACAUCAGUGACGUUGCCAUGGCCAAGGAGGAAAAACCUUGUCAACGAGACAUGCUCGAUGAUAUUUCUGAAUCAAAUCAGCGAGCAACAAAACGCAAGCGACCUGAUGAUGCAGCUAUGCCCCAGGCAGAGCUAACCACUUUGGAACAGCUGAUAUCUGACCUAGAUGCGGCCACAAGAAAGUUAGAAAGCAUGGAACUUUCCGAUGAAAACAUUGUAAACAAAACCUCCCGCAGGACAAAACUGUUGGACAUACAUUCUAGGUUACAAAGAUGCCUUAACAAGAUGGCAUAGGAAUAGAACUGUGAUGAAAUAAUUUGUGCUUAAUAGGCCCUUUCUAAAAGCAAACAGGUGUAUAUUGCUUCAAACUUGUCAGUUGGUUGGAUGUAGGUCAUUAGUUAUUUUGGUCAAAAGGUCAAAGAUCAAGGUCACAGGGAUUUGUAAUUGUAAAUUUGUUUAUGCGAGAUAUAUUUAGAAUGGUUUGUCAUAUGAUCAUGCAAAUUAUUAAAGUGGUAACUUGAAAGAAGGGAAGAGACCUAUUGAUUUCAAGGUAAAAUAUAAAGGUCAAUGGCUUAUAAAAUGAAAAAUUUUACCACACACUAUCUAGAGAAUGCUUAGGAUAAUAUAAAAUUAGUAUAUUUGUUAAUCUUUACAAAGCAAGACCCCUAAUAAUUAUCAAAUCAGGAGAUCAAGGGCUGCAAUAUUACCCUGAAAUAUGCCUAAUAGAGGAUAUUUGUUGGAUUUGGUGGCAUAUCGAUUUUAAUUCAGAGUGAUCAUACUAAAUAAACAAUUUCUAUGAUCACAAAUGAAUUAAAAUGAUUAGAAUAUAUAGAUGACAUUUGUUGGAUUUGGUGGCAUAUCGAUUUUAAUUCAGAGUGAUCAUACUAAAUAAACAAUUGUCUAUGAUCACAAGUGACUUAACUCUUUCAGUGCGGGAACUGAAUUUUGUAGGCCUGUGCAAACAGUUUGGAUCCAGAUGAGACGCCACAGAAUGUGGCGUCUUAUCAGGAUCCAAACUGUUUGCUAUUCUGAUAGUAUUAUUUGAAAUAAAUUAAAGAAAAUGCUAUUUUUAGAAAUUUAGCAGACGACAUUUUAGCAGAUGACAAAUUUCCCAGCAUGCAAAGGGUUAAAAUGAAUAGACCACCAAAUGCAACAAAUUAUAUAUUUAUUACAAAUGGUUGUUUUUGUAACUUGCAGUCUGUUCAGGUUUUAUGCUGUUUGCUGCUCAUCAGUAUCUUAAGGUUGGAAAUGAAGCUUUUAAAACUUGAAUCUAGUAAGAAAGGUCUUUAUAAAAUUUAACUUUGUAAGGGAUUGCAAAUGCAUCAAAAUAGGUAUGUAAGUGUUAAUUCAUGAUACUUUGUAUGUUAUGCUGUUACAAUCGAUUUGCUUCUAACAGAGAAUUAAGUUCUGUUUGUUACAUAGUUUGUUGUUUGAUUGUCUAACUAUAAAUAUUGCUUAAAACUGUGUUCAUAAAGCUAUACUUGACCAUUUAAGAUGGCAAAUUGUGCAUUUAAAAAGAAAUACUGCAGUAUGUAAAGAAAUGUCUUUAAAUGUGUUUAUUUUAAUGUCCCCCACCACUAAUAGUAGUGGGGGACAUAUUGUUUUUGCCCUGUCUGUUGGUUUGUGUGUUUGUUUGCUCCAACUUUAACAUUUUGACAUAACUUUUGCAAUAUUGAAUAUAGCAACUUCAUAUUUUGCAUGCAUGUGUAUCUCAUGGAGCUGCACAUUUUGAGUGGUAAAAGGUCAAGGUCAUCCUUCAAGGUCAAAUAUAUAGCUUCAAAGCGGCGCAGUAGGGGACAUAGUGUUUCUGACAAACAUAUAUCUUGUUGAGAAUUGAAAUUGCUGACUUAAUUAUAAAAAAUAAUGGUACACAAGUUUGAAAUUAAUAUGUUCCAUAGCACGGAUAAGAAAUUCUGGGGUGUUCCAGCACAAGACGAAAUUUACAAAAUAAAUAUAUAUUUACAUUUUAUGAACAUCAUUAAACCAACACAGGACAAUCGCGACAACAAUUUAACAAUAAUUAUACAACAAAUCAAUAAUAAUCAUUCAUCUUAUGCAAACACGCACAUAAAAUGACAUUAUGCUUAACAAAUUCUGAUUGCACUGAGAAGAAAUCUAACUAUACGUUUAAAAAUUGAAAUUUUAAGGCAAUACAAUUCACAUCAAUCUAAGAUAAAUUAAAACCAAAAUACAUAAUGCAAA